GCGACAAGCAGCCACAACCUUGUGGCAAUAACGUUUGAGCUGCGUUGCAAGUAACAAUACAGUAUUGCUGUUAACAGAAAUAGAAAUUCGAAGUCGCUGCACAAAACACCGCAAUCAGUGUCUGCUUUAGCCAAAUCGCCAACCGCCAGCCGCCAAAGCCGACAAACAACACCCAAUAGGCAAGCGCUGUCACGCAACUGACAGCGUGCAACAUAUCAAUCAGUUAGACAAUCAGUGCGUGGAGGCAAAGGCAAGCAAGUUCAGUGGCUCGAUACACGCCUUUUCAAUUCGCCAUUCGUCACAUUUGUUCCGGCGUUUAUCCGCCUAUCAAGUGCUGUUAGCAACAUUAUUACAAUUGUUGUUGUUAUUGUGUGUUGCUAUUGUUGUAGUCAUCUGUGUUGCCGUCAUCAUGUUGCUGCAUUCGAACGGUCUGCUUUCACUUUUCGUCAUCACUGUGAUGUUGUUUGCGCUCUCCGCCGGAUAUCCUUCCAAGGAGAAAUUAAAGAUUCGCAUACAUGUGCCCGUUAAGCAUCAUACACACGUACACACGAAAACCGUCAUAAAGAAAGUACCGCUGCCAAUACCGGUGCCGGUAAAAGAACAUGAACCCGUCAAAGAGCAUCAUCACCAUCAUUAUGAGAAGGAGGCGGAGGAGGACUUUGAAGGUUAUGAUUAUCCGAAGAAAAAGCGACAAGUGCGGCAUCCUUUCGUUUGAGCACUAAGUGAGGCUUGUGCAGAAGGAACAAAGAAAAGCAACAAAGCAAGAGGAGACAAGAAGGAUAAGUUUAAAGAGAAGGCGUACGUUGAAGAUAGCGUGGAAGAAAUAUAUACAGCGUGAAGGCAGGGGUCAAAUGUGGUCCACAAAUAAUCAUCGAAUCCCAAAACAAAUAACUUGUACUCAUAUGUUGAAUUUUUUAUACACUGACAUUUGAAAUCUAAAUUGUAAAUUUGUUAGCAUUCGCAUAUGCUGCGAACAAUCUGCCACAAAGCACACACUCAUACACACACACAUAUAGUAAUGUACCCAAAUGUUUGCAUUAAUCUGCGGAUAAUGUGCGCAGAUUUAUUUAGUCUUGAUAAGUUUUAAAUUAUAGUUUAGAGUAGACAGUCGAGGCGAAAGCGCACACUAAAUCCAAAGCACGAAGAAAGGAUAACCAAAGCUGUGAAUGGACGGGCGAGACACGUCGGGUGAAGCCGUGAAAGGGCGAGCGCACGUAGAUUUAUCUUCAUAUCCGUUGGAAUUUCGCCCGGAUACACAUCUAUGUAAUAUAUAAUUCGCACACGAGCUCACACACACACACAUAUACACAUAGAAUAGUUAUUAUUCGCUUAGUAUAUAACUUAGCUUGUAGACUAGUGUUACACCAAAAGUUCGUAAGUAUGUGCAUAUUAAAAAAUUUAUCAAUGUAUGUGUGUAUGUGUAUUGGUGUUGUUCAAAAUGGAAUUUCUGUUGUUUAGAUUGAAAAAUCGAGAUUAAAUUAAUUUUCCUUGGGUUCAAUUA